AUGUUAGCUCGAAUCAAAACAGGUCCAUGGAGAGGAAUUGUAGUCAUAGGAUGCUUUGUGACAUACAUGAUGAUUCUAUGCUUUACAAUUAUGGCUCCAGGACUAUCACCUCAAGAUUAUUUUGGAGUGUAUCAACCGGUUUUUGGUAACAUUCCUGAUAAUGUCGACCUCAGUUAUUGGGAUCAAUGUGAUCUACCGAAUUUCGAUGUGUACGACGAUGAAAUUAUUACUAUGAUUGAUCCAAAUGCAAACCCUUCUUGGAACUGUAACAAAAAUUUCAAACAGCUUACAUAUCUCAAAGGUGGAGCGUGGGGAUUAGUUAAUAAGCAACCAAACGUCACAUGCAGAGCAAGCCCGCCAAGACCUCCAAAAGUUGAAACUAAAAACUUGACACAAUAUGAUGUUACAGUAAUUCUCCUGGAUUCCUUGUCCUAUACUCAAGCUAGACGGUCUCUACCACGCACAAUAUCAUACAUGUCGAAUCACAUGGAUGCCGUCAUAUUUCCGUUUAUCAACAAAGUUGGUGAUAACAGCCGACCGAACGGAAUGGCUCUGUGGUUUGGUAAGCUAAUGGAAAAACUGGACCGGUCAAUUUUUGAAGAGAAGACAGUGAUGGGGGAUUGGACAAAUGAGUACAUGUGUAAUGUCUUCAAAGAUAACGAAACGUCUAUGUUUCAAGAAUUCCAGAAUUAUGGAUACAAGACGUUUCUAGCAGAAGAUUGGGCAAAAGGUACAUUGAACUACCCAAACUGCAAAGGUUUUGAUAAGCCUCCAAUCGAUCAUUUCAUGAGACCGUUUCAAAUUGCACUUGAAGGACGAAAUACUGCGUUAUGGGUUACAAAACAACAUCUGAGUGCAAAAACAAUGUGCCGGGAACACCAUCACACGCUGUUGGAGUACUUGGGACAAUUUUAUGACGCUUACCCGGAUCAAAAAAAGUUUAGCUGGCUUUGGCCGUCAGUGCUGGGGCAUGACACAGAAAAUGGGUUUUCUCAUUCGGAUAAUGACUUUUAUAAUUUUUUGGUCCAGCAUAGAAAACAGCUGGAAAACUCAUUCGUUUUAUUCAUGGGUGAUCAUGGACUCCGAUUCGGAAGUUUUAGAAAGACAAGUGUUGGAUCACUUGAUGUGAAUAACCCAUUCCUAGCAAUGUCUGUUCCAAAAGCAUUGAGAAAUACUACUAAACUUCUAGAUUUUAUGAAAGCGAAUGCAAUGAAUUUGCAAACUCACUUUGACACAAGAGCAACUAUUCUGGAUAUUUUAAAAUACCAAUCAGCCAGCAACUUCACUGACACAGAGGUUCACCAAAUCCCUGGUGAGAAGGGAAACUCAUUCUUCAGGAAACAACCAGACACACCCCGGAGCUGUAAAACUUUGCCGAUUCCUUUACAAUAUUGUAUUUGUCAAUUUUCAAAAGUUAAUGCUCUGACGAAUUCGACAGUUGCAAUUUCAAUUGGAGAAAAAAUUAGUGCUGAUAUAAAUGAGCAGAUAACAGAAGGUAACUUUACCGAAAAAUGCAUAAAGAUGGAAUUUGGAAAGGUUGUCUCAUUAUUAGAGUACACUGAGAAAAACAACGAGUCGACUAUAUACACAGUGGAGAUAGAAAUGAGACCACCUAGCAAUGCGAGGUACAAGACAAACGUCAAAAUUCUAAGAACCGGUGAAAUAAAAAUUCUCGGAAUGAUAGAACGGAGUGACAGAUAUGGCAAAACAGCUGACUGCAUCAAAUCGGAACACCAUCGGCCGUAUUGUUACUGUAAAAAUAAUAUAGUUCAGAAAAGAACUACAAAGAAAGCAUAA